AUGAUCCCUGAGCCAAGGAUAAGACUAAGAGAGGCGAUUGUCCAGGGUAAAUUGGGCGUUGUGAGAAGAAUUCUCAAACGAUGGCCAGACCUGCUCGAGAACAUCGACAGUACGAACGGCUGGUCAUCGUUGCAUUACGCUGCAUUCUACGGUAGAUACUUGAUUUGCCGCCAUUUGAUCCAACUUGGUCAUGAUGCCACUGCAAUGUUAAAAACCUACGACGGGGAUACGUGUAUCCAUUUGGCAAUUACGAAAGGGGAUGAACAAACAGUACAUCUAUUAUUGCAGCAUUUCCUCGAAGAAGGGUUGAACCUGCGAAGCAGCAGCGCCAGAAGAUGGGCGCCAAUCCAUAUAGCAUGCCGAUCGAACCAUUCCCGAUGCCUGGCUCUUCUCUUACAAUGUGGCGCGGACGUAACAUUGGAAGACGAAGAGGGAAACACAGGAUUACACGUAGCUAUGGAAUACGGCGCGAUCCAAUGUUUGCCGAUUUUGCUGCAAUGCGGUGGGGCAACAUUAGCCGAUGAACAGAACCAAAUGGGGAUAGUGGCAAGACAAGUCGGAAAUUGCGACGAGACCAUCAAAAAAUUCGACCAGUUUGCCGCCGAGAUAAGAAAGGGCGUCAGUAGCGGCAGUAGUACGGUACCAAUUGGCACGCCAGAUAUAGCAGCUAGCAAGACUUUCUUAGGCGGUAACAAUGGGCCACUUUCUCCAGAGCUUCGUGGAAGACGCAGCAUAAAAGAUUUGAACGAUUACCUAAGCGCUCCAGGUGCUAUCGUGGAUGCCUCCCCUAGAGCUACUACCGUGGCAGUAGACGCCGCUUCAGUUUCUGCUGCUUCCACAGCGGCAUCAGAAGCCGUUGCUAUCGGCCCGCCGACCUUACCGAGAUCAAGGGAAUCCAAUUCCAACAGCAUGGGUGACCCGGAGUCACCCAGCAUCCCAUCGACAAGUAGGUUACUCAAUGUGGCAAUAACCAAAGUGAGAAGAGGUGAAGAUAGCACUGCAGCGCGAUAG